UAUUACACUAGCACUAUUAACAUUAUACACAAACUAAACAUAAUUGAAUAUUAUCUCAAUUUAUUGGCUGAUCCCCAGUAAUAACAAUUCAUAGAGCACCAAAAAAUGGGGUUAUUACAUGGCAUAUUGCUCCUGCAUUUGGUAGUAACCGCAGUGAUUAUGAUCAAUCUGCGCCGCGCAGAAGCACAAACCCCCGACGACCGCUGCCGCAGGCGCUGCGGAAACGUCGACAUUCCCUAUCCAUUUGGCAUCGGCGCCAGUUGCUACUUGAACAAGAAGUUCAACAUCACAUGUAACGAGUCCACCAGCCCUCCGAAGACAUAUCUAAGAACAGGUAACAUCCAAGUUUCUAAGAUAUCUAUUAUAGAUGGCGAACUCAAAGUGUUGCAGCACAUAGCCAAAGACUGUUAUGAUAAGAACGGUUCGCAAUCUCGAAAUGACAAGCUCUGGGCAAGACUAAGCUUGUCCAGUUUCACCAUUUCAACUACCAAGAACAAGUUCACUGCCAUCGGUUGCGAUACUCGCGCACUUAUUCAAGGCUUCCAAGGCGAGCAUAGGUACAGAACAGGUUGCAUGUCGUUGUGUGAUCGAGCUGGGGACAUUAGCUACGAGACUUGCUCUGGCGUGGGUUGUUGCCAGGUUAUGUCUAUACCUCCGAGACUAAACAAUUUCACGGUUAGAUUGAGUAGCUAUAAUAAAUAUUUAAACACAACCGGUGGUAUAGAGCGAUGUAGCUAUGGUAUCUUAGCUGAGGAAUCUCAGUUCAAAUUCUCAAAGAAGAGUUUCCAAGAAUUUGAGAAAAGAACGUUUUUUCCUUUGGUUGUCGAUUGGUCAAUUGGUGAGCUGCCAUGUGAGAAGGCUCGAAAGUUGAAGAAUUUUACAUGUCAUUUGGAAACAAGUGAGUGUCUAAAUUCUAAUUCCAGCAAUGGGUACCUCUGCCGCUGCUUGCCAGGUUUCAUAGGGAAUCCAUACCACCCAAACGGUUGCCAAGAUAUUAACGAGUGCAAGGGUCCAAACCCAUGCAUCAAUGGAAAGUGUAUUAAUGUAAAUGGGAGCUUUAACUGUACAUGCCUAAAGGGAUACGAACCAGUUAAUCACACAACUUGCGGUAGAGUCAGAAAUGGACCACAUAGAGCUCUGAUCGUCUACAUUCCUUUGGGUGUAAGUAUAGGCCUCCUGAGUCUCUUUGCAAUGAGCCUGAUGCUAUGUUGGGGAAUAAGAAAAAGAAAAUUGAUUAUGCUUAAAGAGAAGUUCUUUGAACAAAGUGGUGGGCUGAUGUUACAACAAAGACUAUCAAGUACUGAGAAAGGACCUUUUGAGACAACUAAAAUCUUCACAGCGAAAGAGCUAGAAGUGGCAACAAACAAUUACCAUGAAAGUAGAGUCAUUGGUGAAGGAGGUUAUGGAAUAGUUUAUAAAGGAAUAUUGCCAAACAACAAGGUGGUCGCCAUAAAAAAGUCCAAAUUUGGGGCUCAAAUAGUCCCAACUGAGCAAAUUGAACAAUUCAUCAAUGAGGUAAUUCUGCUCAUGCAAAUUAACCAUAGAAAUGUGGUUAGGCUUUUAGGAUGUUGUCUGGAGACCGAAGUACCUCUCUUAGUUUAUGAAUUCAUUACCAAUGGAACUCUUUUUCAACAUAUCCACAAUAAAGGCAAUGAAGCAUAUACCUCACUUUCAUGGGAAUUGAGAUUGAAGAUUGCAACUGAAACUGCAGGAGCUUUAGCAUACUUACACUAUGAAACCAAUACCCCAAUUGUUCACAGAGAUAUAAAGACAAUGAACAUACUUUUGGAUGAAAAUUUCAUAGCAAAGGUGUCAGAUUUUGGAACGUCAAGGUUAAUUCCUAUAGAUGAAGAUCAGUUAUCAACUUUGGUGCAAGGCACAGUUGGGUACUUAGACCCUGAAUACUUGCAAACAAGCCAACUUACUGAAAAGAGUGACGUGUAUAGCUUUGGAGUUGUUCUAGGGGAGCUAUUAACAGGGCAGAAAGCCUUUUCUUUUGAUAAAUCAAACAAUGUUAGUCAAGUCCUAGCAAUGUCCCUCCUCUCUUUGAAAGAUGAUGAUCAGUUUAACAAAUUCAUUGAUGAUGAUAUCCUCAAUGAUGGAAAUAUGGAGGUAAUUAAAGAAGUUGCAAAUCUUACAAAACGAUGUUUGAGGAUAAAAGGUGAUGAUAGACCUACCAUGAAAGAAGUAGCUAUGGAGCUAGAGGGAUUACGAGCUAUGUCAAAGCAUCCAUGGAUGAACGUUGAUCAUCUAGACACUGAAGAAUCUCAACAUUUGCUUGGGGCAAAACUUCCAAUUAAUCCUUACAGUGGUUAUGAUCUUGAAUGUGGUUCGAGUGGUGCUACAACUGCUAUGUAUGACAGCAUGCAAACUCAACCGAUAUUGAAUCCAUUUGAUGACGGGCGCUAGAGAUCGCAUCGUCAACACUCUAAAUCUUUUAGCUAGCAAAUUACUUUUGUUGUCAUCAGUUUUGUUUUCAAUGCGUGCAGUGUAGAUUAUUUGAUUUAUUACUGGUUAUUUGUUUCAUAGAUACAAAUAUAAUAAGAAUAAAUUGAUAUAAGUUAGGUUAAAUAAUCAUUUUGUAUUUUGUGUUUUAUCCAAAAACAAACUUGGUACUCUAUGUUCUUAAUAAUGUUUAUUUGGUACUCUGUAA